AUGAGGGGAGGAAAAAGGGAGCUGGACGAGAUAUUCGGACUAAGCGGCCUGGUCGCUCAGCUCAUAGCAAAGAACUGGCAAGCUUCUAUCGAUACAUCAAUUUUCAUUUGGUCUUGCUCGUACGAUCCGUACAUGGGACUCAACCCCAAGCUUCUGCUGCUAAUUGACCAAGUCGCCGAGCUUACGUGGAUUUGCGGAGAUGAGCAGGACAAAAUAGGCGUAAAAACAGUUCUCAACCUGAAUGGAUGCCUCGAGGAAUCUGAGCAAAGGAUGCCAGUGGAACACCUCUCUUCCAACACGGAAUGUGCAGCAAUCGCAGAAGCCAAUCGACUCGGGGCACUGUUGCUUCUACAUGCAAAUAGUUCACCGGAGUCUGUCUGCUCCCUUCAUCCUCCGACGUUGAAUGACGAAGAACAAAAUGGCUAG